AUUAUUUUGGUCAUAGCACACUCUCUCUAUGAAUACCCCUUCCCAAUCUCUCUUUUCUCCUUUCUCUGUGUCUCUUUGUUCUUUUUCUUUGUAGCUCCCAAAUUUUGUGUCUUCCAUUUUCUUCUUCCCUUCCUCCUCUUUCCUCAGAGCCUCAGAGGUUUCUCUGAGGUAGCUCAGGUGUUCUUUGUCAAGAUCUCUGAAUUUUCACAGAAAGAUGAACCAGUGUGGGUAUUUGCAAAAGAACGCCUUUGGAAGCUGCGAGGAGAUGAGGAUGGAAUCAGUGGUUUGCCCUAAGCCUCGUAGAUUGGGUCUUUUGAACCACUCUUCCUUUGAUAAUCAUGUCAGACCCUUCAGGCCAACACCUUUUAUCAACUACCAAUCAGAGAUCGAAGAUUCAGAAGCUGGGGCAGAACUUCUGGAUAUCAUUUUCCCCAAGGGAAGCUGCUAUCCUGAAAGAUCUGGGUGCCAGGUGGCAUCAUCACCACCACCUUAUUUCUGUGGAUCUCCACCAAGCAGAGCCUCAAACCCUGUGAUCCAAGAUGAGCAAUUUGGUAACAAUUAUAGUCCAUUUUCCUUGGCACCUCAAUCCCCAUCUGCUUCUUCAUCAGCAAGAGGCUGUGUUAGGAGGAAGUUUGGUCACUCACCAGCUGCAGUGAGAAUUGAAGGUUUUGAUUGCCUCAGCAGGGAUAGGAGCAACUGCAGCAUUUCUGCUGUUGCAUAAUUUCAAUUUUCAAACAUAGAAGAAAAAAAAAAAGGGAAAAAGAGAACCCCUUUUAAGGGAA